GCGCCGGUGUAAGGCAAAGGCAGUUCACCGACCAUCGAAAUGAUUUGUUUAUAGGUCCAAUAAUGACAGGCUUUUCUCUACGGUACUGACGUUGGGAGGAAGCAGCAGAGGAGGGGAUUGCAUGGGUGACCAAAACACAAGUUUUACAGUUGGUCGUUCAUUAUUCGUAGCGUUAGCAGAACAUUUGUUUGUUUUGCAUGAGGACACAUUUGAACGCAGAGUCCCCCUGUUUAUCUGUGAGCCUGUUUUUACCCAUUAAAAGCAAAGAUGCCGUCUACUCUGCCCUCUUUUCAGACUCAGUUAGCCUCCAUUAUGGAAACGCUAGCCAAAACAGCUAUUUUAGAGAUAAGUAAACUUGUCGAUAUGGAGUGCAAAAUACUGCGGUCCGAAGUGACCCGCAGUCACCACGAGAUUGACUCUCUGAGGAAAAGGCUGCAGCUGAUGGAGCACAUGCUGGUGCAGGAGGGGGUUCAGAACCAGCAGCAGGUUGGAAACGGAAACGGUGGAGAAGCAGCGGUGCUGCUCACAUCAGUGCAGGAGCACUGCCUGGUACAACUGUCUCACAGGACAGAGAGCCAGCCUCGCGUUAAAAGAGAGGGUAACCUGGACGAGUCAAAUGAUUCUGCUUUGGGAGAGAGCUCUGGGGAACCAAAAAAGGACCAAACUAAUCUAGAAAAACAAAGUGACUGUGUAUGGCAGCAUCAUGGGGAAAAGCAGCUCUCUGAAUUACCUAUCAAGCAGGAGCCAAAUGGGAUGGAUGUAUGGAACUGUGAAAUAGGAGGACAAAACCCGGGGGAGAAGACAGCUUGUGUCACUGGCUCUACUACUGCUGAAGAAAUAUCAUCUACCAUUGGUCAUCUUACUGGUGACACUGCUGAGAGAGGCAUCCAGACUGUGAAGACCACUUCUUCAGCUGAUCCGCUGGACAGAAUCUCACUUGAAGAUAAUUCAUGUGACCAGGAAGGACCAACUUUACAAGUACAAGCAAGUACAGGAAUCAAAAUUACAGACUAUGCCACCUCACAGACUUUUCUUCUCCCAAGGUCCAUAAGGACCCUCACCACAUCCAGCUUUUCAGGGGAGAAACGGUUUGUUUGCCCGCACUGUUCCAAGCGCUUCAAGUGUUUCAGUCAACUUGAAAUACAUGAGCGGAGCCACACGGGGGAGAAACCAUUUAGGUGCACGCUCUGUGGUAAGAGGUACGCACAGAAGGGCCACUUGUAUACGCAUCAACGUACACACACUGGAGAGAAGCCAUAUCUUUGUCUGCAUUGCGGGAAAGGUUUUAUUCAGAAAUGCACUCUGGACAUGCACCAGCGAACUCACACGGGAGAAAAACCCUUCAUCUGUGUCAAAUGCGGCAAAGGGUUCACAAAGAAAUGUAAUCUUAACAAACACCUGACUGUACAUUCAGAUCCCACCACUGGUCUUUAUGUGGAAUCAGGCCAACAUGAUCUUAACAUCAGAUCGGAGGGCGAGGCGUGUGUGCGGAUAAUGGAAGCGAUGGGCAGCGACUCGCAUUUCCAGACGCAGUUAUCGUCGAUCAUGGAAAUGCUGGCGAAAACAGCGGUGGCGGAAAUCGGCAAACUUGUCGAGGAGAGUCAUGCGGUGCUGAGGCUCGAGAUUACGCGGAGAAUCGGCGAGAACCAGUCUCUGAAGAGCAGAUGCGAUUUUCUGGAGAAGGAGCUCAAAGCCACCAGGAGAAGACUGCAGGCGAGCGUGGAUGCUCAGUUUGGCAGCGGAUCCAAAGCAGACCUCCCUCAUCGUCCCACCAUUGACGGUGUGUUUGGGAAGGAGUGGUGCUUGGAUCUGUGGAAAGACAAGGAGCCCAGCGCAAGGCAGAAGGACGACAGCCAUAAAGACCCCCCUGUGAUAGAGUCAGUUGAUCUAAUCGAUGAUGGACCUGACAUGAUUAUCAUCAAGGACGAGGCAUUUGAAGAUUGCUCAGGGAACAGCAAGCAACAGAGAGAUUUAAAGAAUACUGAGAAAGUUUUAGGGUCUGCAUUCCCUGGCACUGAACAGGAUGGGGGCCACAGUAGUGAAAAUUUCAUUCCCUACAACGAUCCCCUGAACAGCACAGAACAGACACAAGAAGGAGAUCAGACUUUCGACCCGAGGCCAUCUACUCUUCUAGACGGUGCAGCUUCAUCAAACAUGAACUUGGACGAAUUCGGCGGUUACUAUCCCAGCAGUGUACACUUGGGAAUUCCAAAGACUGGUUUGGAGCAGAAGAAAAUCGAAUGCGUGUUCUGCGGGAAGAACUUCAAUUACUUGAGCUAUUUGAAAGUACACUUACGGACACACUCUGGAGAGAAGCCUUUUGUGUGUUCGGUGUGUGGCAGGAGGUUUGCUCAGAAAACCUACCUCAAAAUCCACAUGCGCACUCAUUCCGGAGAGAGACCCUACUCAUGCAUGGAAUGUGGGAAGAGCUUCUCACAGAAAAGUUCCCUGAAUAUACACCUCCGCAGCCACACCGGAGAGAAACCCUACAGCUGUGUGGACUGUGGAAGACGUUAUGCUUAUAAACAUGGAUUUAACACGCAUCACUGCACUAGCUAGGCUCAUGUCAGUAGUAAAUACUGAACUUGUGUUAAUGUUCAACACAGACACUGUGCAUUGUGCAGACCAGCACGUACAUAUACGGUCAUAUGGAAGAAUAGUCAAAAAGUCUUGUGCAUGUACGUGAAAUGAAUUAGCAUAGAAGAUGGCACCUUUGUAUUCUGAUGUUUUUUAAUGGAGGGCACAACCAAGCAUUUAGCUUUUGUUGGUUGAUGAUAGAGUGAACAGUAUUAUUUAAGAUAAGCGAACAUGUAUUGUGCAAAAGUCAGAGACCCUUUAUAUAUUUCAUUGGCAGUCAAAACAGCUAUUAAGGGCAAGUUAUUCUUUUUUCAGAAGAUACUUCUGAAAUGAUUAAAGCUCAGCUAAUUCGUUUGCAUAAAGGGGAAGGUCAAAGUAAAAGAAGUAGAAAAACAGGGAAUUACCAAAACAGGAGCUCAUUCUUAAAAGUACAGAAAAAAAUGGGACUCCCAACAACCAUGCAAUACCUUGUAGACCACCAAAACUGCCCCCGUCAGAUAAACAGCACUUAUCGCUUUUGUCUUUGAGAGACUGGAGAAUAUCAAGCUCCACUGUUGAUUUAGAUCUGAUAAAAAACACUUCUGUCCAUCCAUCCACUGUGAGAAGACAGCGCAGCAGUAAGAGUCUGAAAGAAUAUGUAGCUAUUUAUAGAUGUAGCUAGUUAUAAACCUGUUGAAAAGGAAGUAGAAAUGGAAAAAGAAAAAGAAGUCAAUCAAAGAAGUUACUUGUAUUCUCAGAAAAAUAGACUGGCCACCCCCUGUGUCCAGACCACAACAUCCCUGAAUGUGUUUGGGAUUACUUGGAUUUUUGACAGGAAAAUGAAUAAUAUAAAUAAAAGGAUGGUCUCUGACUUUCCCACAGUACUGUAUUUUCCAUUGCCAAGAAGACCACUGGCCAAAGGUUAUGUGCUGUGAACCCAGUUUUCUGAGUGGCAUUUUGUUUUGAAUGAGAAAAGUUUGUUCUGUUUGUUACUUGAGAAGCAAGUAAGAGUUAAUAGCGAGUUAUCUACUGGACAGUGUGACUGCGUUCUUAUCUUUUUGUAUUUUAAAUAAUCUAUUUAAUGUUAAUUCACUGAUUUUAGUAGAUUUCUAGUGAUUUUACCUUAUUAAUAAACCAUUGUUUAAUGAUU